GACUUCUUCAGUUGUUUACAAGCUGUGUCUACAAACGGUCGGGUUUUGUCAACGUGUCCCGUAAAAAGUGCAUCAUCUCUACCACUAUAACAGUGUUAGCAGUCAGUUUUUUAAUUCAAAAGUAAAACAAGAAGAAGGAUCGGGUUGUUAUUUCGCCGUGUUUCCCCCUUUUUUUGUUCCUUUUGGAUUACCAAACCAACCUUUAAAAAAAUAAAUAAACCGGAGGAGAUGAGUUCUGAAUGAUACAUUCUUUCUCCCAGUAAAUUUGUAUGUGUGUGUGUUUGUGCGAUUGUGCAUAUAUGAAAAAAGAUUAACGUUGUUUCUUUUUUUUCAUUUUUUUGCUGUUGCGUUGUUAUUCUUCAAAAUUAAAUAUCCUUUUCCGUUUUUUUGUUGUCGUCGUUUGUCGUCGUCGUCGGUGUCUCGUCGUAAAAAGGACACCUCGCUCUUGUGCGUGUUAAAGUGUACUCGUAUGUUAAUAUGUCAAUUGUGCUGAGGUGCACGUUGGGCGCCAUUUGAUAAAAAUGUUUCACAGUCAAAUGCAAAAAUUGUUUGUGUCUUUUCUAUCCUUCCGGUUAAUGUUGUAGAGUAUAGUGUAAAGCUAAAUUGGUCUGCAAAAAAAGAAAGAAAUACCAACAACAACAACGAAAAUAAAAUAAAAUUGAAAGAAAAAAGGGUUUGGGAACCAACUCAGAUAGAAAAAUGUUUUUGUGUGUGGUGAUCAAAAAAAAUUUAAAAAAAUAAAAGAAAAAGAAGAUAUAAGUAAAAAGGUAAAACGUGUUUUGUGGGAAACGUGAAAGAAAGAAGAAGCAGAAUAAAUAAAUUUGUCCAACGUACUUAUACCCGCAAGUGGUUCAAUUAUUUUGCAUCAAACGAGGAAAUAUCUUCGACUGCGGAUUUGGGACUUGGGAUUCGGGGAUCCCUAACGAGCGAAGAACAACGAGGAGACCAAGACCAACCAAGAAGUCUACAAACGAGACGGUGGUGCGGUCGAUGGUGUCGCAUGAAUGUGGUGAAUUUAUUAUGCGAUAUUGGAUUUAGUAACAGAUGAAAACCGGCACUAUCAAGUUGGACGACCAACGAGAAAGACUUUUAUAGCAGCCAGCAGCGGCAAGUUGAUCAAAAAAGAAGAGACACACACAUAUAAAGUGUCAUGUAUCUUAACCAAAAAAACAACAUUCAACAAAGUAGUCAACAAACAAACUUUGAGACAUGAUUCAAAUAAGCUCACAUCACAAGGAUUUAUAGCCCCAAAAAACCCUCCGUCUUCUAAAGCAUUCCAUCACCUUUUUCUUUUGAUGUAGUUUUUCAAACACAUCAAAGUUUGUAAAACAAAAUAAAAAGCAAAAACAAAAACACAAUAAAUUUUAUUGCAAGCACAACAAGGAAAAGUGAAAAUUAAUGUGUACCGAGUGAAAAAGUAGAAGAAAUUUGGUGAAAGAAAAUAAAUUGCAUAAAAUGCAAUAGUGAAAACAAAGGAAGAAAAAAAUAAAAAAAAUAAAGUGAGAAAAAUUAUUCUAUCUAGAAUUUCCGUCUCAGUGAAUCUAUCUUCGCCUUCGAAGAACAAUCUACCUUCCCUCUUGUGUGUCAGGGUGCAAAAUUUCCAACUUGCCCACAUAUUUAACUUAAAAAAAAUAAAAUAGAUUUCCGUACUUUUUACAUACGGCUUCGUCGUUGGUGGACGCCGAGACCGACACCGUCAACGGCAACAAGCUCGUCCAUCACGACCACAACUACAUCUACAGCCGCAGCCAAAAUGGAAUUCCUUAAAAGGAAACAUUUUUCACUGUGGAUUAUUACAUUAAUAUUAGCUGCAUUAGUGGAUCUCAGCAACGGUCUCCAAGGUGUUCCAACAUGGAUGUGCCUUGGUAUAAAAUCGCCAUUCAUCGAAUUCAGCAACGAAAUCGAAGUCCUCGCCAACACAAGUGUCUCACUAAAUAUCACAAAAGACGAGCAAGCCCUAAUGCAUCAGGAGGGCUUAAAAAAAUUGGGGACAUUUAUAAAACCAGUGGACUUGCGUGACGCCACAACUGGAUUUGUCAAAGCAAAUCUUACAAAAAAAGUACCCCCAUCUUUACCAGGUACCCGAAGACGGGGCCACAUAAAUCCAAUUCAAGAAGAAAUGGAACAAAAACAAAUAGUCCUUCUCGAUGAGGAUACCGACGAGAAUGGACUACCAGCAAGUCUAACAGAAGAAGAUCGAAAAUUCAUUGUGCCGAUGGCAUUGAAAAAUGUCACUCCAGAUCCAAGGAUACCUCCAACACCGUCAACAUCAACUACAACCACAACAACAACCACAACGACUACAACUGCCAUUCCAGAAUUUGCAUCGAAUAUUGAUGAUUUGAAAAAUCAUAUUCUCUUCUUGCAGAAUAUGACCAAACAUAAUAGCAACUUUCAAAGUAAAUUCGUAGUCUUUCCAAGUUUGCAAAAGGAUAAAAGUCCAGUGGCAACAACAACACCAAGUACAACAACGACUACAAGUACUUCGAGGCCGCUUUUUCGGUAUACACCACCAAUACCGCCGCCAACAAGAAGAGCGACAUUUCAUUCUUACACAACAUCAUCUACUCCUCGCUCUCAUCAAUUUGAUCAUUAUUUCGAUAACGAAGAUCCAAUGGUGGCGAUACAGCGUGAGAAGAUCACCAUUGUGCCACAAGUUCUGUUGCUAAAUGAUCAGACUCCACCUGAUGACAAUGAGGAGGAUACUCGCAGAAUGGGUGAUCACAGGGAUCAACGGGUAAUUUAUUCAAAGAGAAAAAACUUCCGUAAAUCGAGCACUCCGGCAAGUGUGACCACAACAAUACCUACACAAACAACUGUCAAUAUUCCUGAGAAACCUUUUCGAAAGAAUCCCAAAAGACCUAGAAAUAAUGGUGAAAAGCGUAACAAGAAUCAACGAAAGCCUUGUAAGAAUCCAGAUUCACCGAAAUGUCAGCGUCAAAGAAGAAGACAGGAACAACAACAGUUGUUGGAACAGCAACAACUACAACAACAAUAUCAGCCAUUUCAGCCAUUUCUUCAGACAAUCAACAACACUCGACGGUUUGCAGUAUCAAUUGAAAUACCAGAUUCUUUUAAAAUCAAACCAAAUGAGACUAAGGAACCAUCUGCAGAAUUGAAGUUAUUAAGGAUCCCCAGGAGUCACCAUAAUCGACGAAAUAUUGGUGGUUCUUAUGGGACAACGUAUUAUGAUGCCCCAGCGAAAGAAUUCAUUAUGUCAGGAGGCCAGUUGGGGGGUCUGAACAAUCAGAUGUUUUUGAAUAAUACUCCAAGUCCUACAGUUGCUGCUUACUCUGAGCCUAUCAAUUUGAAUCCGGAUCUUUGUUAUGACGUGGAUGCACUCACAUAUGGCCAAAAGAAAAUCUGCGUUAUGCAUCCGAGUGUGAUGCCGGCUAUUAGCCGAGGGGCCAGAUCAGCUAUUCAGGAAUGUCAACAUCAAUUCAAAAAUCGUCGGUGGAAUUGUAGCACAACAGAGGACAAUACAGUGUUUGGGCCAAUGUCAAGUUUAGGAUCCCCUGAAAUGGCAUUCAUUCACGCAUUGGCUUCAGCAACUGUUACCAGCUUUAUAGCGCGCGCUUGUCGUGAUGGACAGCUGGCAUCGUGCGGCUGCUCCCGUGGUGCCCGCCCAAGGCAAUUGCACGACGACUGGGCGUGGGGUGGAUGCGGUGACGACUUGGAAUACGCUUAUAAGUUCUCACAAGAUUUCAUCGACAUCAGAGAAAAAGAACGCAAACGUGGCACCCGUGGUCUGGCAUCAGGACCUCGAAUAAAGAAUGAUGAAAAAUUCCAAGACAAAUCACAGCCGCCGCCGCCACCACCCCCAUCGUCGGUGGAGAAAAAAAAUAUCACAGCAACAGAUGUUGCUUCUACGAGUAGUAAAGCCCCCUCGUCAUUGUCAUCAGCGGCGGCAUCGACAGAGCAACAAAAUGGUACAACGUCAACAACACUACGUACCUCACAAGACGGCCAUGCCAAUAUAACUGUCAAUGUCGAUAGUGAUAAUAAAAAUGGCAGCAGCAGUAGCAGUAGUUCCCUGACAGGAUCUUCGUCGUCUUACAGUUCGUCAGUGAACAGGGACAACGCCGAACGGGAAGAGGACAGCACGGAAACGGGCAGCCGCUUCAAGCCAGAAGAUUUAUUGGAAUUGCAAGAAAGGAUAACAAAGGAGAUUCUCAAUUCGAAAUUACAGGAGAAGGAAAUGCUGGAAUUACAGGAAAAAAUCAACCGGGAGAUAUUAAAUUCUAAGGUUUUCAAUUUGGAUCACUACGCCGCAUCUAUGUAUGGCAACGGUGGCAGCGGCAAGAAGAAGAAGAAUCAGCGAGCUGUUAACAGCAUGGGAAAUGUUGGCAACAACAUGAUGGGCGUCAUGGGAAAUGGAGGCGGUGGCGCUGGUCCGGGACGAUUGAAAAAUGUUAUGUCAGUGAAAGCUCGAAGUUUGAUGAAUCUGCACAAUAAUGAGGCUGGACGAAGGGCCGUUAUCAAAAAGACUAGAAUAACUUGCAAAUGUCAUGGAGUUUCCGGUUCCUGCAGUCUCAUCACAUGCUGGCAGCAAUUGUCAUCAAUACGAGAAAUUGGUGACUAUCUGCGCGAAAGAUAUGACGAAGCAACUGAGGUGAAAUUAAACAAACGUGGUCGUUUACAAGUAAAAGAUCCCCAAUUCAAAGUGCCAACAGCUCAUGAUUUGGUGUAUUUGGAUGAAAGUCCCGAUUGGUGUCGAAAUAAUAGACAACUACAAUGGCCAGGAACCCAUGGCCGAAUCUGCAAUAAAACUUCGUCAGGUUUAGAUGGUUGCGGUAUUCUCUGCUGCGGUCGAGGCUACAAUACAAAAAAUAUUGUAGUUCGAGAAAGAUGUAACUGCAAAUUCCAUUGGUGUUGCCAGGUUAAAUGUGAUAUUUGUGUGAAAGUUCUCGAGGAGCACACGUGUAAAUAAAAUAAUACAAGACGAACAAAAUUUAUUUUUUAUUUUUUUUUUAAAUUUUGUAGAGCAGAUUUUAUUAUUUGUAAUAUUUUAUAUUUAUCUUUAUAAUUUAAUUUAUUUCAGAGAUUUUAUUUAAAUUUAUUAUAAUAGAAAUAAAAAAAUAUUAAAAAUUAAAAAAAAAAACACUAAAAAUUCCAUAGUUUUAAGACAAAAAUAAAAACAAAAAAGAAAUGAUCGAUUUAAGUCGUGUGCGCAAUUUCGUUUUCAAACUUCACAAUCAGUAUUAAUUUAAUUGAAAUAAAAAAUAAUUGACUUUUGCAUGUACCAACGAAUGCAUAUUGAACUCGAAUUAAAAUUUAUAAAAUAAUACAAAACACAUAAAAAUGUCAACAACACAAAAAUAAAAAAAACAAAAAAAUUGUAAAAUAGAUUUGAUUUGUAAUUAUAAAAUAAAAAUUUAGUUUUUAGCACUUAAGAUUAGCAAGCAAAAACAAUAUAUAUGUAUAAUUGUAGUAUCUGUCUAUUAACUAGUUUGUAUCUAUUCAUAAGCGAUUGCCAACCUCUAUACUUAAAAAAAAAUAAAAUUAAAUAGAGUACUUGCCUAUUUCUAUAUUUAAGCUGUUUUUACUAACCUAAAAAAAAUAUAAUUAUUCCUAUAAGCUAUUUUUACCAGUAAGGUUAUUUUUUUUUGUAUUCUUUUAAAUUUUAAGAAUUAUAAAAUAUUAUUAGUUUUAAUUAUUUAUUCUAAUUUUGUUUGAUAGAUUUCGCUUUUAAGAUAUUUGAUGUUCAAAUUAGUUAUAAUCUUUUGAAAAAUAAAAAAAAAAAAACAAAAAAUAAUAAAUUAUAAAAUUAAAUUAGUAUUUAGAAAACGAUAAGGCGUAGUUGUGCAGCGUUGCAUGACGCGCUUUGCUUGCGAUAUUGUGAAAUAAAUAAAAUUAAUGAAAAAUGUAGACUUGUAAGAAUAUUGAGGAAAAAAUAAAUAAAAAAUAAUAUUACUGAAAAAGAUAUCUACGUGAAGUGUAUGAAAAGAAAUUAGAAC